AUGUCUGUUGCACCAUCUCCUGCUCGUGAUCCCACGCCUCCACACGACCCCGAGCAUGUCCCCGAUCCGGACCCUAUUUAUUUUGGUCAGCCUGAUGUUGCACCUGUUGACCCUGAGCCGAUUCCUACUCAUGACCAUGUCCCUUUUGGUUUACCAGACAUUGCACCUCUUAUUCCUAACCCAGUUCCUCCACUUGUUGAUCUUCUAGUUGUUGAGCCAUUUAUUCCUCCACCCGUACCCACUGAUGUUGCUCCUCUCCCUCCUGUAGAGUCUGAUGUCCACCGCACCGAUUUACCGAUUGUUUUCCUUCAGGACAUCCCUGCACCCCGUCCAUGGGAAGGUACUUCGGGCCAGCACCCGAGUUACGAUCCUUUUGCUUCGGCAGCUUUUCCUCAGAUUGCACCGUUUGCUCCCUUCACUUCUACGCUGCUUGACGAGCCAUUCUGA